UUAGCAAAAAGGAAAGUUUGAAGCCUAAUCUUGAAAGUAGAGAUAGUGUCUGUCUCCUGAAUCCAAACUGGAAGCUGGUUCCACUCACAUUGUUGUUCUUGGUUGAUAUGACAACCUAUCCACACUCUGUGCACCACAGACACAAAAUCUGUUCUCUACUGAAACACAUUACUCCUGCUGCUGAUGUCAUAAUUGAUGUCUAUGAGCACAAACUGUGACUGCUCCACAUUUUGCAGUGAGACCGUCUCUGCAUCUGUGCCUGGGAGCCGGUGACACCCGAGUGUCACAGUGUAUGCACACUUGUGCAGUUAUUUCUAUUUUGGAUGCAAAAAGUCUUGAAUGUCUUCCUUCAGCGUCCGCAGCGUCUAGACUGCUGUGUGGCACAGAAAUGAUCGAUGCAGUAGCUGAAACUGUAGGGCUCGUUUGUCUUUUCUCAGCAGGAGGAAGCCAAGAUGUUGACACUGGUGAAGCAGGAAAAAGAGGAGAGAGAUGACUGCAACUUGGACCUGAAGGUGGAGGUUAACAUAAGGGCGGAGUGUGGCCUCUCUGCAGCUUUGGAGCCCAGCGAGGAAAGCCCCCCUGCCGACACUGUUCUCGACACCAGCGUCAGCAGCCUCACAUCCUCCACUUCACAGCUGUCCUCCUCUCCUGCUGAUGCCACGGUGGACCUGACCUGCAGGCCUCGAGCAAAACGUAAGGCUGCUAAGCCCGUAGGUAACAGCGAGGGGGUCCCGGCCUCCGAAGCGGCUCGCAGGGACCCUUUGGGAAGCCUACCUGAUAUGGCUCUGAAGCCAGAGGUCCAGACAGAUGAGUUCGCAGAAGAUGACCUUCAUCCCUCUCAGCUGUCAGCCACUAUAGCCUCUGAUGAGUCGAGCUGCGACCGCCUCAACAGCCUGGGCCUGGAUCUGGCCUGGAUGCAGAAGCGUGUCAGUCAUCUGGGAGCAGCCUAUGCAGUAGCACAGCUGGGUUUGGGGAACACGGACAGCGGGCACCCUUCUGCCUCCUUCCCCUCACAGGGAGGUGGAGACAGUCUCGACGGCCCCCCGACUAUGCUUUUUACAGGCGGCGCUCACGAGAUGGCUGCUUUUGCUGCCUCCUUCGACAUGGCUGCUGCUGCCGCCGCCGCUGUAGUAGCUGCACCCCCUCCACCUCUGCCCCUCCCCCUCCUCGGACAGCUCCCACUGGCACUGCCAGCAGCCAGAGGCGGCCUUACAGGAGCAGCACCGCCGCCGCAAAAGAGCCGGUGGCGUGCGCUGUGUGCGGACGCGUGUUCCCCAGCACGGCCGGCUUGGAGCUGCACCAGCGGGUGCACACCGGGGAAAGACCUUACACUUGCUCUCACUGUGGGAAGGGUUUCGCCCAGCCCAACAACCUGCGGGUUCACCUCCUCAUCCACACCGGUGAGAGGCGUUAUCGAUGCACACUGUGCGGGAAGAGUUUCAUCUCAUCGAGCCAUCUGAAGAGGCACCGCACGGUUCACACGCAGGAGAAACCCUACAGCUGCUCGCGCUGCGGCCAGUCCUUCAGCCAGAUGUGUAGAUAUGAUUCAUUGCAGAGA